AUGGCCAAUCCAGUGGAAAACGUUUGCCAGCAGAACUUACCAGACCUGGCCCACACUCGAACCCUUGUCUGGUCAUGCUUCUUCACAUGCAAGCCAGAACGCAGUCACUGGCACAAGUACAACAGCUUCACACUAAGUGCUACCUCCUCAGGGCAGGCAUUAGUGUCCCGAAUUUACGACAGACUAAGGCCGACUUUUAUUGACACUUAUCGGCCCACAAACCUGACAAACUGCUCGGUCUUCUUGACGAAGCUGAAGCGUACAACACGAUCGAGUGGAGGGAUCCUUGCCCGAGAGGCGGGAGAGCCGAAUAUGCACAGCAAUGGGGUUCCACAACUCUCGCUUUAG